AUGUCUAAUCGACCACAUUUUAUAAAUGGUGAAGAAAUAUUUGUUAAACGAGCAUUACCACGUUCAACAUCAUCAAUACCUGAACGAUUGAUUGUUACUAAUCGAUUAAUUUCACAAGAUUUAUAUAAAUAUGAUAAAAAUCUUUUAAAAAAUUAUUUUCAAAAAUAUGGUAAUAUUAAAAAAGUUGAUAUUGAAAAUGGUUAUAUUGAUUUUGAGGAUUAUGAUGAUGUUGAUCGUGUUUUACUUGCUCGACCACAUUAUAUUCGUGAUAAAGAAGUAUCAGUAACUAAAUUUUCACCAUCUGAACAACAAGAUAAUUCAGAUAAUCAUCAUAUACGUUCUAAUAAUCAUCGGCAACGACUUCAUACAAAUUAUAAACAUCGAAAUUUAAAUAAUUAUGAACAACCUGAUCGAAUUAUUCGAACAUCACCAAUAGAACCAAUAAGACUUUCAUGUGUUAGAAAACUUGAACGAAAUUCAUCGGAAAUUACAUUUAUUAAUCCACAAUGUAAUGGUAAUGACGAAGAAGAAGGUGAAAUUGAUUGUAGUUAUUCUAAUAAUCAAUAUGAAAAUCUUGAAGAACAAUAUCAUGAAUAUAAACAAGCAAAAGAAUUGGAAAUAUGUGGUUUAAAAAUGGAUUUAGAACGUACAAAACGUCAAUUAUUUGAUAUAACACAAGAAAAACUUGAUCUUUUGGUAAAAAAUCAACAAUUAUAUCAUAAUCAAUUAUUACUUCGUCUAUUUCCUGAGAACACAUCCAUUUCUACGCAAACAACUGACGAUUUAUUUCCAUCAACACCUGAUCACAUAUCAAAAAAACGCAAAUUAACAACAUCACCAUCAAUAUCACCAAUUCAUCGUGAAUAUGAUUAUUAUUCUUAA